AUGUCAACUCUCAGUGCACUUCCUAAUGAGAUUCUGUCAUUGAUAACGAGUCAUCUUGACCGUCCUUGCGAUGUGCUGAAUCUUUCCCUGGCAAAUCAAACCCUGAACGGCUUCGUGGAGCUUGACGGCUGGAAGGCGUAUCUGAAGGGGCGCUUUAGGCUUGGCGGGUUAGAUACAGACGCUCGGAGGGCAGUCCACGGCAUCACCACACUCUACCGUAACUGGGAUCGCAAGGGUCUUGUCGCAAAAUACCUGGAACCUACUUUACACACAAAAAGCCUCAAUACAUGGGAAUCAAGUCCAUGGAGAGGCCCUCGUGGGCAGACAAUGGGCUAUCAGCCUAGCCUUGACAGCUAUGAAGAAACAUUUGGCGCCUGGAAGGAGCGAAGAGAGGUCUUGGCGUGGUCUGCUGGCACGCAAAUUGUUAUGAGGAUCAAAGAGACAGGAUCAGGCAUAGACCAAAUCUGGGAAGAUGAGCAGAACGUAGAGUCGCAGCCUGACAAGACAUGGGCAUUCGACGCGUUCAAGCAUAUGAACUCAUGGUUUACGUACAGGAUACCAGAGAGUUUUGAGGGACGAGACGACAUCACGAGCUUGAAGCUACUUCGACCGCAUCAAAGGGACAGCAACUUCGAAGAUGUCGUUUUUGGUACAGCGUCAGGCCAACUGUCAUUCCUGAGUGUAAGCCCUGAACGAAGCGAGACGCUCGAGCAGCGUUUUGAGACCAAUCGACGAGCAGUUGGUUCUAUUUCAAUAUCUUCCUCCAUUAGGCCUUUGGUUGCUGCUACGCUUGGAGAUUCAUCAUUAGCCGUGUAUCCCAUCAAUAGCCAUGAUCUUUCAGAAGACACAGUAGACCCGCUUACAGAGGUGCGACCAGUCGUCGGCGCUCAGAAUUCUCGUAUCUGGUCUUGCAACUUCAUCUCUAACAGUAAGGUUGCACUCGGUUUGGGCCCAUCUUCUGAGCCGAUUCAUGUGUAUGAGAUUACGCCUGAGGGAUUCUUGUCCGAACCAAUUCGCACAUUCAAUCUCGAGUCCAAGUCUCGAGAUAGCCGGGUCGACGUUCAGCGCAGCACGUCAAUUUACCCUAUUCAGCCAAUCCCGAACAAUUCGCAGGGUGGGUCAGAAGCAGGCAAUGUAUUUCUCUCUGGAGGCUAUGACGGAAUCAUUAGACUUCACGAUAUGCGCUCUCCACGCGGAUUCGACACCUUGUUCUGGGACCCAACCAACGACUCAUCAAUAUACUCGCUCGCCAUACAGGGACUGGAACGCGUUGUCGCAGGUGUCUCGAUGCACAGUAUGGUCAAAGUUUUCGAUCUACGCUUUUCGGGAUCGCACGCAUACCAUACGGUUUCACUUCCCUCCAAGCCAAAGAAAACCCAAGGUCAAGAUUUUGCGUGCAACGCCAUUGUAGACGAGACGAGAGAUACCGCGUUAGCGGUAUCUGGUGGCUGGAAUCUAUACCUCAACCCUCGGGUUCCUCCGAAACGCAACGUCUACCGAGAAGAAUAUUGGCGUGGUCGCGAGAAUUCACCCGUCUACAGUCUCUCCAUUCCAUCUCCCACUUCGACAAACAUAUACGCCGGUCUCGAAGGAUCAGUCCAAAGUCUGACAUUCCAUUCUGUCGCCGACGCACAUCCAGAUACGCUUUUCUCGCAGACAACAAUGCGCUCUACCAAUAAUGGCGCGAUCGAUGCCAGAACAGCAUACAAUCCACAUGGUGACGGGUUGAGUUUAGGUAUGUACGAACAGGGCAAUGCAGAAGGUUUGGAUAUGCAGUUGCUGGUACAAGACGACAUCGCUGCAGGCGCAGUAAAUAAAAAAGACUCCAGAGAUGUAGUGAGGUCCAGAGGAUUAGAUGAGCGAUGGAGAGACCCUCGGGAUGAUGGUGAUCGAUGGGUCAGAGGUGCAACUCCGCAAGGACCAAGACGAGGCGGACGGCAUGGCAGAGGCGGUGGACGAGGUGGGAGAGGCAGAGGUCGAGCUCACACAUGA